GGACUCGCUGGCGAAUUACGCCAGCGACGGCGACAACAGCAACAACUCGGACGACGCAAAGACGCCACCUCGAGGACGGGAAGAGGCGAACAGGAGGGCGAGCGAUGCCAAUUACGACCCGGUACAAAUGGACAUGAGUGAGGUCUAUGCUGUGUGAGGGUCUUUCAAGACUACCCCCAAGUCCUAUUCAGAAGACUAGAGGUGAGUAGAGGAAGCUGGAAGAAGGUAACACUAACAAAACAUCAAUCAUCAAAGAAAUCACGUGUAUACAAGUAUACUCGGAUGAUAACUAACUGCAGAGGCAGUUUGAUGUGAAGGGCCCUCAUAUAUAUUCCUCUCUCUUUCUCUUUCUCUCUAUCUCUUCUUUUUGUGCCACAGUUGUUUCAUUGGUUCUAUUUUACCUGAGUCAGUAAUUAGCACAGAUUUUAUAAUAUUAUCGAGUAGAGUGACAUAUGGAAAUUCGAGUGUUGCCAAACUUUUGUAUCAAGUACAACCAAGAAGAUAAGAGAAUACAAGAGAAAACUUGUAUUUCUGUUUUUUUUUAUAGACAGAAAUUUUUCAAGUUUAUACUUUUUAUACCCACUAUUUAAGAGCAUUUUUUCUCUUUAUAUAAAGCAUAGGUUUCUCUAAUACGUAUGUUACUCGUUGUCAGAGAAUCCAACUUUGCGUGUAUUGACGUUCUAAAAUAGCUUUUGUGGUAGGAAUUAAGAGAGCCAUUUCUUUACUUAGUGGAAUAUAUAAGAGAGACCUGUACUAAAAUUGAUUAUUUUUCUUUUCUCUAGGAAAGCAACAACAAUAAUUCGUCCAGGGAAUCCAGUAGCGAACGCGCGAACAGUCCUAUGACGGCUCACUCUACCUUCAGCUCGAGAACAGAAUCUUCUCGGGCUUUGCCUUCACCAUCAGACCAGAGGCGAGCCGAUCAUGAGAAUCAUACGAGUGCGAAAGAUGAUCACAGGCGAGGAGAUCGUAGCGAUCGUAGUCGUCAUUCGUUAGAUAAGGGUCGUCGUUAUGACGAUCGACGGCAACGUGACAAUAGUAGUAAUCACAAUAGAGACCGCAGCAGAGACCGAAGGAAUCGGGAUGACGAUAAGCGUAAAACAUCCAAGGAUGAGAAGAGUGAUGACCGAGAGAGGAGCGACAAAGAUCAUCAUUACAGGGACGACCGGAGGGAUCGUAAUCGCGACAGGAACGACAGAGAUAGAGAUCGCCGAGAAGGACGCAGAGAUCGCAGCGAUCGCAGUGAACGGGAUCGGCGGCACUCCAGGGACGACCGGACGAAAGAUCGAUAUCGGGACGAGCGUUCAAGCUAUCAUAAGGAAAGGGAUCGUACACGAUCGAGAUCACGAUCAAGGGAUCGCGCACCACCGCUACCGUUUAGGACGAUGAGUUAUCGGGAGGAGAAAGGAAGGAACAAAUUAGCCCAGUUGGAGAAGCUAGGCAUAGAGCUGAAGCCACCGGAGGGCGGUGAUAUCAUGAUGCCUGGCGGUGUCCAAGGUGAGCAGUACUACAAUCCGUUAGCGACGGCGACGCAGGGCAAGUACGCGGAGCAGAUCCAGAAGAGGAAGUUGCUGUGGGCGAACAAGUCGAAGCAAGAUGAUAGUAAUAGCACAUCAACUGCAGCUUCUACUGCCAAUACGUGGAUAGGGACAACUUUCACGCACGAUCAGGAUGGGAAGGUGACGGCCAAAUUUAAACGGCUAAUGGGUAUUAAGGGCGACCUACCUAAUGCACCAGGGGUAGGAACUAAACAACCGGAUAUUCUAAAAAAGCAGGAAGAAAUGUUCAACAAUAUGGAGCAACAAUACGAAGUAGCGCGUGCUACUACACACACGCAACGUGGUGUAGGACUGGGUUAUGCGACCGGUGGCUAUCAGUUUCCACGAUAAAAUGCACUGGAAUCUCAUGCCCAUUGUUUAAUUACAUUUGAUAUUGGUAGAUAUUGAUGCAGAUAGAUUUACGUUUACUAGUUCAGCGACUUUGUCGUCGAUUCGAGGGUUUUUUUUUAUAGACCGAAUCGCCUUAUUUCUAAGUCUUUCCCGCGAGUCGCGUAAGGAUGAUAGCGAACUACAACUAAAUAAAACAGGUUCAGAGUUCACUAUAUGAUUGCAAUGAAGUUAUGUAUUUGCGCGUUGUAAGAGCACUAAAAAUAAAUUUAUUAAGAUUAUCU